GUGAUUAACCACGUCUGUGGCCUAAGCAGAAGUGGUGGGUAUGUGUGUGUGCAAUACACACAACAAGUGAAGAGUGUCUUCUUUUAGCUACUGUAUGUGUAUAUCUGAUUAUAUUAGUUUCAUUUAAAAUACACUGCUUCGUUUAACCUAGUCAAUGCAAACUAGUCAAUCAAAGCGGUACUAGCCUCGAGCAGAUUGCAGGUCCAGUGUGGUUUGUGUAGUGCUCUUUGGAAAACAGCGUGCACAACGGGUUUCACUAUCAAUCAGAGGAAUACAUAUUGGCACGACAUAGGCUAUUUACUGUAGGUUAAAGUCUGUUUUACCAAACAAGGACUCAAAGACACGAGGUUCGGCUCCAGUUGAGAGGAGACAAUUAUCCCAAGCGAUUUCGUAAAAUGGUACAGUGUGACAGCAAAGUGUGCUAUAUACAGUGGAUUGUCUAUGUCCCCACGUUCAUGGUGGGUCUUCCCCUCAACCUGGCCGCUCUGUGGCUCCUCCUCUUCAGGAUGCGUCGAUGGACUGAGUCCACGGUGUACCUCAGCAGUCUGAUCAUCAACGACAGCCUUCUCAUCUUCUCUCUGCCCUUCAAGAUGUACGCCUACGAACACAACUGGGGCUUGAGCAUGGGAUUCUGCACCUUCCUGGAGAGCCUGGUGUUCGUCAACAUCUAUGGGAGCAUCAUACUGAUCGUGUGCAUCUCUGGCGACCGCUAUGUUUAUUUGCGAUUUCCAAUCAAUGGCAAGCGUCUGCACUCACCACGGAAGGCUGCCCUGGUAUGCCUGGCCGUGUGGGUGAUGGUAUUCGCUUUCACCACACCCGUCUAUGAGCUCCACAACAAAAACAACAACGACACCAGAAUGCACAAAGGCAACGAAACCAAGUGUUUCCAGAAGUUCUCCAGCGAAACCUGGAAGAAGAAAUGGAUCAUCAUCGCCAUAGAGACAGUGUUCUCAAUCAGCACGGUUGCCAUGGUGUUCUUCUCGGUGCGCGUGAUGCAGAUCCUGAGUGGCAUGCGGCGACUGAACCCGCUGGACGAUAAGCUGAGGAACAACAAGUCUGUGAAAAUCGUCCUGAGCAACCUGGUGGCCUUCCUGCUGUGCUUCAUCCCCUACCACGUGGCCGCAGUCGUCUACUUCCUGGCCAAGAACCGCACGGAGGACCCGAACGUCAUCAACCCCCUCAGAGACUUCGUCCAUAUCAGCAUGUGUCUGGGCAGCAUCAACUGUCUGACGGACGGGGUCUGCUACUACUUCAUCCUGAAGGAGAACCUGCUGACUGCCAGCAAGGAGAGGAGGAGGAUGUCCACUAGAGGAAACGCAGUGGCGAGGCUCAGGGAAAUCAACCAGCAUCCAAUGGACAACAUCAAGGUCAAGGAACCUGGAGAGACAGGAUCAGACACCCAGGUCAAUGGAGAUCAAUUGGACUUGCUAGAUAGAUGUGGCUUAUCCCCUCUUGGUGCCUGCAGAGUAGAGAGCAGGGUGGAGACAUUUCCCCUGUAGAUGGAUGGCUAUCACCUCUACCUGGGAAAUGGAAAACUCAGAUCCCCACAGCAGACAGAGGAGACAAGUUGCUCGAAGAUUGAAUGAAUGGCCAGCACCUGGAAUAAAUGUUUUUAAAUCAA